AUAUGUUUGACAUUUAUUUUGAAUGACCCUCGUAACACAUUUACGACUGUUCCUCGUACAUUAAAAAUGACCUUGGAAUUAAAAAUGAAACAAACAGUAUUUUUUGGGAACAGCUGUUCCUAGGUAUCUAGCACCAGGGUCCCAGGCACCCUGUCUAGCACGUAGAAUAACAGAUCCAAGUCCAUACCUGUUACUUUAUUACCUAGUUAUUCGCUUAUUAUAAUACCUGCUUCAAAAUACAUUUUCCUAUAGGUAUAUAAUCAAGCCCAUCUCGAGUCGUACUUAUCCUCCCCACCUGUGGUAAAGUCCGUAAGAUAAGAUUAGUACAAAAGUUGUUGUCGAAAAAAUAUAACUUGUUUCUUAAAUUUUGAUUUGCUGGAAUUGAUUAAGGCGGUAAACAAAACAAUGAAUCAAUUCACUGACGAUCUUUUGACCGAAAAAAUAUUCCACUGCCAGAUUUGCGAUGAACUCUGCACGGCCGAUAUUUUCCUGGUCCGAGGUAAAGGAAACGUUUGUGGAAGAUGUUUCGAAGAAAGGUGUGGGGAGGAAAUGAAAUCCAGGGCCGAAUUAAACACUGCGCUCAUCUUAAUUAUAGCCAGGCUGAUGUUGCCGUGCAAGUUUAAAUCCAAGGGCUGCAACAAGAGGUUGGAGUCCAAAAGUUAUUCCAAGCACAUCGGUAGUUGCGAUUUUAAAACUAAACAGUGCCCGAUGAAAAAUGUUGCAGCUUGUGACUGGAGUGGAAGCAAUUCCGAAUUUGGUGGACAUUUAUUAAAAAAACAUAAAGAACAUGUUAUUAAAGGCGAGAACAAUAUUUUUAAGGUUAAAACAUCCCUAGGGGUACGCUUCAACGUUAAGAUAUUAUCUGAUGAUUUCCAAAGCUGCCUUUUAAAGACUUCAGUUGUCGAUGAUAAAUUUUAUUACGCCUUGAAUCCACUUGGACAAUCCGAAGAAAAUAUGGAAUACUCGGUGGAGCACAAAAGUAUCGAAACAACAAACCAUUCGGUAAUAAAAACCGCUGGCACUCUAACGAAACUAAACGGUAUUUAUAACGAACAGAACCUGGAUAAAAACCCUAACGCUACUGCGGUGGACAUCGGUCUGUUGAACCACCUUGCAGACGAAAAAAAUACGAUUUCGAACGAGUUUAAUUUAAAUCCCAAAGGAGUAGACGAACAUAUCUUAAAGCUGCUGGAAUGUCCCGUCUGUAUGGAGACGAUGCGGGCGCCAAUUUAUCUGUGUUCCAACGGGCAUAGCGUUUGCUUUUCAUGCAAAGAAGAGUUGGAACAAUGUCCAACUUGUAAGGGGUGGUGGGCCAAUAUUAGGAACUACUUCAUGGAAAACUUUACGAAAAAUAUUAAGUAUCCAUGCAAAUAUAAAAAAUCGGGAUGCAACGAAAUUGUCAUCGAAAGUCAGUUAGGGAAACAUGAAGCAAAAUAUCCGUCACGUAUCUAUCAAUGUCCGAUGGAUUGUUUUGAAACUGGAAACUUUGAAUUCAUUUUGAAACAUUUAAAGACCAACCAUAAGGAUAUGGAAUUUACUACGGAAAUAGAAGAUACAUUUGGAUCGGAAGAAACCCUCAAAUGGAUGGUGUUUGAUUCAAAAUUAUUUAGAAUAUCGUAUUUUGGUUCGGAUUAUUGUUAUUGGGCUGUCGAAUUGGUUUGCUCCAAUGAAAACCCCAAUUUGUAUACCUUUGAAGUAAAAAUUUUAAAUCAUCCAUUAGAAUGGACCUUAAUAAAAUAUUCUACUUGCUUAGAAGAAAGAAAACAGCGACCAUUGGAAAAAAUAACGGACUGUACCACCUAUUAUUUUCACCAUCUUAUAAAAUUUAAUGUUUCUAUUAAGAGAAGCAACUGA